GAUCAAUAUCAGUUUAAACCAGGUUUGAUCGGGAUGGUCAGGCUCUGCUCAGCGCUGCUGCUGAUGUUUAUAACAGCGGUGAAUCUUGUCCUGCUCACCCAGAUUGAAAACAUGAAGACCUUCCACCUUGGAGACACCAUCACCCUCCACUGUACCUUUUCUUCUGGACAUAGCAGCUACUUCUACUGGUUCAAACAGGCAGUAGGAGAGUCACCUCAAAGUAUAAUGUCUAUCUACAGUCAUAGCAUAGAUCCAUUGCUGUAUGGGGAGUUCCAAGGGGAUCAGCGCUUCGCAAUUCAAAAAAACUCAACCAGCAUGAUGCUGACCAUUUCAAAUGCAAAGCUCGCGGAUGGUGGCUUCUAUUACUGCUGCACAAGAAGUUACGAGCAGAUCAUUUUCGAGAACAAAAUUUUCUUGAAGUAUGAAGGUCUACCAACUACAAACAGAUAUUUCAGUCUGCAGCUUGUAUCUGACUCAGUGCAGCCAGGAGACUCUGUGACCCUUCAGUGUACAAUAGUGACUGAGAGCUGUGCAGGAGAACACAGUGUUUACUGGUUCAAACAUGGAUCAGGAGAAUCCCUUCCAGGAGUCAUUUACACCAAUGGAAACAGGAGUGAUAAGUGUGAGAAGAGCCCUGAGGCUGGAUCUCCUACACGGAGCUGUAUCUACAGCCUCCCCAAGAGGAACCUCAACCUUUCAGAUGCUGGGACUUACUACUGUGCUGUGGCCAUGUGUGGGGAAAUCCUCUUUGGGAAUGGGACCAAGCUGGAAAUAACAGGUAUUGACCAAGAAAACCAAAGCAGUCCUUUAGUUCUUGGUUUAGCAAUAUCCAACAUCUUAUGUGUAAUAAUAAUAAUCAUCCUUAUCUAUGUACAGAAGACCAGAAUACAGCGAAAUACACAUCAGUGGUUCUCCACUACGCCACACAGUGAGACACGGGACUCACAACAGCUAACUUACAAUAAAUGCAUUUUCCAAAAGAGGAAAUCAGAGAUGGGACCCAGGAUGCAACAGAUAAACACCCAUGUUUUAUAUUCUGACAUUAGACUUAAAGAAUGAGACAGAUGGCAUAAUGCAGUGUUUGCCUGAAUCAUACUUUAACUGCUAUCUAAUUUUAAAUAAUUUAUGUAUGCUGUUAAAUCAGAAAAUUCUUGAUGAAGCCAUAACCAAUGUUAUCCAAUGUGCGCUACAGUACUGUGAAAAAGGGUGUCAAAGAAAAUGAUUUUUAAAUGAUCUUACUGUUGGUGUAAAAUUAUGCUAUUAUAUCUGUUAUUCUGUGUCAUGUUGUAAUAGGUGUAACGAUGAAUAGCGAAUCGGUUAAAAAUCGAUGUAAACAUAUGACGAUUUAAACCGGCUGAUGUGGAAAAUGAAUCGCUAUUUUAGGAGUACUUCACAGUACUUUAACAGAAAAAAAUAGUGUAAUAUUACAUUUGAUUUCACAACGUCAGAUGUCACUGUGUAUUCACGUCGACGUCGGACGUCAAUUUUUGGUUAUAACCGAAAGCAAGAUAGCCAGCGAAUUUGAAAUUGAGGACACACAGCCGGGCGGCGCAGUGGUCAGCACUGCUGCCUCACAGCAAGAAGGUCCUGCUUUCGGUACUGGGUACUUUCUGUGUGGAGUUUGCACGCUCUCCCCAUUUUCGCCGGGGCGCCAGUUUCCGGUCCAAAAACAUGCAGGAUAGGUUGAUUGGUGAGUCUAAAUUGGCCCUGUAGUUGUGUGAGUGUGUGUGCCUUGUGGUGUGUAGGCGACUGCUCAGGGUUGGUUCCCGACUGCGCCCAUUGUUCCUGUGAAAAGGCUCCGGUCCCCCGCGCGACCCCAUUUGGGACUAAGCAGUUUCAGAAAAUGGAUGGAUGGACGCACCACUCGAUCUUAUAUCGUCGGUGUGACAGCAUUUUAGCUUUCCGGUAAUCACAAACAGGGAGAAAAGCACAGACAAGACAAGAACUGCGUGCAAACAUUGGAAAAUACUGAUAACAUGCACAAAUAGCACAAUGAACAUGCUUCAGCAUGUCCACCAAUCUUCGCUGAGCGAAGAUUAUUAAAAGGGCAAACCAUGCAAAAAAGCGGCACAUGCAAGCCUUAGUUUAU